CGCACUGAUAUAAACCCCAUGGCGCGCAACGAGCGCGCAGAGGAGCAGAGGAGAAUCAACAGGACGUCGCGCAAAUCUCACUGAGACCUUCUGAAAAAUAUGCAUCCCAACUUGGUGAGCUGGCUGGGGACGCUGGGGUUCCUGCUGUGGGCGCUGGUCUGCCUGGGCGCCUUGACGGAGGGGUACCCGGUGAAACCGGAGAACCCCGGGGAGGACGCUCCGGCGGAGGAGUUGGCCAAGUAUUACUCAGCCCUGAGACACUACAUCAACCUCAUCACAAGACAGAGGUAUGGAAAGAGGUCCAGUCCUGAGAUUCUGGACACACUGGUCUCAGAGCUGCUGCUGAAGGAGAGCAGAGACACACUCCCACAGUCAAGAUACGACCCAUCAUUGUGGUGAUGGCCGUCACUCACCCUCCACCUCGGUCACCUCUGAUGUCUACAUGUCUGUCGGUUCACAAUGCCCCGCACCAUCCAAUGACCGCUCUGUCUUUGUACCUGUCACCUGUCUGAAUGGCCACAUAGCUUAUCUCACUCUCUCUGUGUGCAUAAGCUACAAUGAACACAUCUUACAGUACAUGAAACUGUAAAAUAGCUAAAUCGUCUGGGAAACCCCCAAUAAGACCUGGAGGAGGGGGCGUGUUGAUUGUAUUGUAUAUUUGUGCUAUUAAACAAUUACUGUUUGAACAAAAGCA